AAGGAAAAACAAUUGUCAAAGCUCAAAAGCAAGAGCAGGAUUCAAAAUACCCAAAGCAUGCAAAGGUUACCUUGGACUAAAGAGAAGCUUGGCCACAAGUGAGGGUCAAAGCGUAAUUUCGGCAUUCUCAAUUGGGAAAAUCAUAUAUAACUUUGUGGAUUACAUUCCUCCGGACCUCCCAGUUGUCAACUUUCCUUGCGCCUCUCUCACACAAGCUAUCAUCUCUUGAGAGCAAGUAAACAAUGGCUUCUGCAAUCAACCCAGUAUCCUUCUCUCUUCUCGUUCUUGUCUUCUUUCCUUGGACAUCAGAAUCAAAAUCCAGAGAGAGAGAUCCAACUCCGGCAGCGUGGCCUCACCAAUUCCACUCGGUGGUCUUCAUGAACAACAGCGGCACCCUCCAAGUGGUGGACCUUUGGUACGACUGGCCCAAGGGCCGGAACUUCAACAUAAUCCAGAACCAGCUGGGGAAGCUGAUUUUCGACCUGGAGUGGGACAAUGGCACCUCCUUUAUCUACACUCGGGAUUCCAACGAGGAGUGCAGGGUUAUGCAUUUCCCUGUGGGUAUUCUCCGCCCCAACUGGCUCCAAGGCGCAACCUACCUCGGCCAGCGCCACGUUGAUGGUUUCCUCUGCAACGUGUGGGAGAAGGUCGACUUCAUUUGGUACUACGAGGAUGUCCUCACUAAAAGACCUGUUCACUGGCUCUUCUACACAGGAUAUAGUGCUCAUGUGAUGACAUUUGAGGUGGGAGCAGUGCUUGAGGAUGCCGAGUGGCAGGCCCCUAUUUACUGUUUUAGUGCUGGUGAGGAAGAAGAGAGGAUGAGCCCCGUGGUUGGUGGUGCUUCUCAUGGAAGGUUCAUGAUGAGAGGGAUAUCCAAUGCUUCUACUACAGCGUAAAUGGUGUAAUCCCAAUUAGAAAAAUGAUAUCAUAAAAUUAAGUAGCAUAUAUCCUGUACGUGCAAGUGGAAGCUUCUGUUUCUCUUCUUCACAUGUAGAAUCAUUUUUGUGUUGUGGCAAAUAAUAUUUGGGUGAUUUUGUUUUAUCAAUCUAGUUGUGGGGUACCCUUUACAAA